CAUCUUCAACAUCCAGCACGUUUCCACUUCCUUCUUCUCAUUCACCGAUUCUUGGGAUUUUGUUGAUAUCUGCAUUAUACAUCUCCUUGACAUCCUCGACUACAACCCACACCUCCUACUAGCACCCACCAUCUCCCAUCUAUAUUGAUAGCGAUUAACCCCACACCUAUCUCCCAUUUGUCCCAAGUCCCAUCCCUACGAUGCUCCUUCCCACAUACCCAUAUAAAUGAAGCCAUCAUCCCCAUUUAUAGAACCGCAACCAUUCGGUUGUGUUCCUGCUACAAUCUGGGUGUUUGGCUUCGAGUUUAUCAAGAAACUCGCUUCUCUUGGAUGGACCAUUUUAAGGUGUGUAGCAAAGGUGUACAGAGCAAAAAAAAAAAAAAACAUGAAGAGAUUCAGAGAACACUGCAAAAACCGGGAAGAACAUGAGCUACAUUUGGAGAUGUUCUAAAUAAUCUGCGCUUAUUGGUGCUUCCUUGACGCCAAAAACAUUAUUGUGUAUUAAGCUUGCAGAUACUAUUAUGUUCAUGGAAGCGAUAAUAAGCUUUGUCAAAACCUCCAGACUCCAUAUUUAGCUUCUGCUUCUUAAUUUACAUAGUUUAUUAAAAGAUGAGGUGAAUUUCAUUGUAGCAUAUGAAAAAGCUUUUUUGGAGUCUUCUAACCAACCCACAUGUGAAUAUUUCUAAUUUGACAUAGCAGUUAAGUUUUCUUGAAUAUUUCUAAUUUGAACCUCAAUAUGUGAUUCAACUUUUUUGUUGUUUUGUUCGUGCAGAAUAUACCCUAUCCUAAGGUUUCUUUGGCACAUAUCAAGAUUCAAGAUCCUCCUCAACGCUUGCAAAUGAGGUGCUUUUGAUUGGGUAUGGUAUUUAGGAUAAAGAAUGGGUAAUCAUGUUAAUUUAGUCAUAGUAAGGUGUAUUUAACAUUUCCAUCAUAAGCUAUGAUGCUUGUUUUAAUUUUCAUAUAGGGACUGAAUUUGCUUUAGAAAAUGUGGUUAACUUGUGGAACCAUUUAACUUGAUGCUUUUAAGUUGCAUCACUUGAGUUUA